UGGCUUUUCUCCUCUCGUCUGCUGAGCCAAGAAUUUUAGUGUAUAGUCGGCCCUGGACGCGCUUACCCGCCUUGAUGAAGAUUGCGGCAUCUCACGCGUCAUUUUCCAGACUCCGUUUACUCUCUUCGAUGUCCGCCGCAACACAGCGUGCCCGGAGUUUCUUCUCCGACGACACCGAAAGCGCGGUGUACAAACACACCCUCAAGUUCCAGAAGCCAUCCACCAUACCACACACUCCCAAAAUCCAUAACUCUGUCAGUUGCAUCGGAACAGUCGAUUUUCCUCUCAAGAGAUUCAACACCUCGGGCGGUUCGUUGGGUGUCCAUACUUUUCUCAGCGUCUCAAGCUCUAUUUUGUUCAAACCUUCUUUCAAGAUUAAGCUGAAAAUGUGGGGUAACGUGGCUGAACUUUCAAUGAAGUAUCUAAAACAGAACGAUUUGAUUUAUGUUUGGGGUCACUUAUUUUCAUGUGCUAUGGAUGGCCCGACAGGAAACCCAAGGGUGUUUCACGAGGUAAUUGUGAAAGAUUUUAAUUUUGUUGCUAGACUUGAUAAGGCUUCUACCUGCCAGGAAAACAGGAAAACAGAAUUUAGUGCUGAAGAUCGGCAGGAGAUGCGCAGAAGUCGGCUUUAUUUAUGGCAAGUGUUCUUCAGCAACCCAGAUGAGUGGUGGGACAAUAGGAGUAAAAAGGUAAAUCGCAACAGUCCAGAUUUUAAGCACAAGCAUACUGGUGAAGCGCUGUGGCUCAUGCAGGAUGAUCCACCAUGGGUUAGAAGACAACUUGAGUUGCAGGAUUCUAAAUCUGUUGAAACAGAUUCAGGAAAUUUAGAAGUUUCUCCCUUGACAUAUGAAUGAUUAACUGAGCAAUUUCUCCCGUACAUAGGAGUUUUGAUCUAAUUUCUGGAUAAGCGGCAGAUUUGGCCUGUCUUGCACUUUAAUUCCUUUCAAGGGAAAUGGAACAAAUCCGGUGUUUGAAAGGCCAGUAGAGUGGCAUCAGCAAGCAGGAAGAAGACAAUGCACAGAAGAGUCCAAGUGAAAAAUAGUGUACAACACUUUUAGGCUAUGUUUGGCAGCCACAUAAGCUCAAAAAGGGCUGAAAUAUUUUACAUCCAGUCAAUUCUGGUAAAAGUAAUCACGUUCGUUUGAAGAGCCGAAGAGGGUUUAAGCUGAAAUUUUUGGAUUGAAUUAAAAUGUUGAGCUGAUUUUUUUUAAAUAAAAAAAUUGAUAUGUAGCAAUAUUUAUGAAAAGUUAGGUACUACAUUGAUAGUUUUCAAUAAUUCGUAUCCUAGAUUGAUAAUUUUCGAUUAUCUGGGUCCUAUAUUCAUACAUUUCAUCUAUCAGGCCCCAAAUUGAUAAUUGGUGUAUCUUUCACGUUCUGAAUUGAUAAAAACAAUAACGUAUCUAUCUAC